AUGGCCGACACACAGCCUGCGAGUGAUUCGAACCCCAACAGGGGUAAUCGCAACCGUGGUAGAGGUCGCGGCGGUGGAGGAGGAGCAGGAGCAGGAGCAGGAGCAGGAGGAGGAGGCGGCGGCGGCAACUCUGGAACCCGCAGCAAAGGUAGAGGAGGGCGUGGGAGAGGUGGUGGAAAUGUUGGUGCCGCGUCUCAACCACACGCCUCCAGCGCCCCUCUGUCAGCGCAAACCAAGCCCGACAACAAAGUGCUCACCCGCACCGCCGCCGAAGAUGACGACACGGCCAGCAGCGACGGCGAGGUGUGCUUCAUUUGCGCCGAGCCGAUCAAGUUCCACUCCAUUGCGCCUUGUAACCACAAAACCUGCCACAUCUGCGGUUUGCGCAUGAGGGCUUUAUACAAGACCAAGGACUGCCCCCACUGCCGAACACCCUCCCCCUUUGUCGUGUUUACCGAAGACGCAAACAAGCGGUAUGAAGACUACACCGACGCCGACAUUACGAGUUUCGAUAGCAACAUCGGUAUUCGAUAUACCAAUGAAGAAAUUGUCGGCGAUACCGUGGUCCUGCUUCGUUAUAACUGCCCAGCGGACGAUUGCGUUUUCGCCGGUUUGGGCUGGCCAGACCUCCACAGGCACGUCCGCUCCACUCACCACAUGAAGAUGUGCGAUCUCUGCACGAGGAACAAGAAGGUCUUUACGCACGAGCAUGAGCUCUUCGCCGACAAGGAGCUCGAGAAGCACAUGAGACACGGCGACGACAGACCAGGUGCCAUUGAUCAGACUGGCUUCAGGGGUCACCCCCUUUGCGGCUUCUGCGGAUCGCGGUUUUACGACGACGAUAAGCUCUUCGACCAUUGCCGCGAGAAGCAUGAGAGAUGUUUCAUCUGCGACCGGAGAGACUCGAGACACCCUCACUAUUUUGUCAACUAUAAUGCCUUGGAAAAGCACUUCGACAAGGAUCAUUUUCCGUGUCUAGACAAGGAAUGUUUGGAGAAGAAGUUUGUUGUUUUCGAGUCGGAGAUGGAUCUGAAGGCUCAUCAACUCGCCGAACAUGCCAAUUCCCUGUCUAAGGAUGUGCGAAGAGAUGCGAGAGUCGUGAACAUGUCCGGCUUUGACUAUAGAUCACCACAUGAGAACGAAAGACGAGGCGGUGGCGGCGGAGGAGGGGGCGGAGGAGGAGGCAGAGAGGGCGGUGGUCCCUCUGGUGGACGUCAAGGGCGCGGACGCGGUCGCGAUCCCAACGCCGAGCCCAUCCCGCAGAGUUCCGCGCAACCACUUCGUCGCGAUGAGCUUGCUUUCCAAAGACAGAUGGCGAUUCACUCGGCGCAAUCCGUUUCGAACCGCACCUUUGGCGGAUCGCUCUCCACACCCUCGGCGACAACACCUUCUGCCCCAUCGCGCCGGGGCAAUGCCACACCAACAUCAGGAUCGUCGCGCCAGGCACCUGCGGCCGCGCCUAGUGCCGCAUCUGCGCCUGCUCUGCCGACUGCCGAGCUUGAGCAGCUCAGCGUCACCGAUAUCGCGUCGCUGCCUCCCCAAGAGCGGGCGGUCAUGUUGCGCCACCAAGGGGUCAUUGAACGCGCCUCGAACCUGCUUGGCCAUGAUCAGACAAAGAUGAACACGUUUCGCGAGUACAUCUCAAAUUUCAGAAAAGGAAAACUCACCGCUCCCCAGCUGGUUGACGCCUUCUUCUCGCUCUUUGCCGACACGUCGUCCAACGCUUUGGGUACGCUGGUUCGCGAGGUUGCCGACUUGUUCGAGGACAAGGACAAGGUCACAGCCCUGCACAAGGCCUGGCAGGACUGGAGAGCCAUCAACGAGGAUUACCCGUCUCUGCCCGGCUUGGGCGGCAUGCACGGUGCCACCACAGCCUCCAGCGGCUGGGCCAGCGCAGCAUCUCCCUCUCCCACCGCACCGGCCGCGGCGCCCAACCAGAAGCACUCGAACCGCGUGCUGCGCCUGAAGAACAGCACUCGCGCCGGCGCCUCCGGACCCAAGCCGGUGACACCGUCGGCUUCAAGCAACUGGGUUGCGUCGUCGCCUGCCGUGCGCCCCCCGGCAUCCUCCGCUUUCCCCGCCCUCCCUGCUGCUUCGUCGUCGUCUUCAUCGUCGAGCGCAGCCCGCCCGUCUUGGAUUGGCCCGAACAACCCAUCCUCUACUGCUGGCAGAUCGUCCGGCUCGGCAGGUCCAUCACGCACGGUGCCCGGCGGCCGUCCGCCACCGUCGUCUGCUUUCCCCGCCCUGCCUCCGGCCCAGAAGCCUCUCACGACGAUCUUCGGUUACGGUUCGGGCAGGGGCGUGCGGCGCGAUCUCGGAGGCGCCGCCAGCAACUUCAACUGGGGGUCGGCUCCGGGGAGCGGCGCGGCGAGCGAGAACGCGUCGGAGAAGGAAGACGAGGAGGCCGGCCAGAGCACUGGCGGCAAGAAGAAGAAGGGCAAAAAGGUGCUUGUCCAGUGGGGUUGA